GGGAAAGGAAAGACCCCUCGGCUUCCGCCUCCGCCCUAAUCGCCUCCUCGCGACUGUCCGACGGCCCACAACGAGUACGAGUCUUCUCCCGGCGGCGGCGGACCUCCCGUACGACCCGACUUCGUCCCCGACUCGGUGAAGACGUUCGUUGGUGCACCUGUACCGCCACAUCCGCGACAAGAACGUGUACGAGAUCCACCAGAUGUACGAGUCGUCGUUCCAGAAGCUCAGCGACCGGAUGUUCAGGGAGUCGCCGUGGCGGGCGUCGACGCGCGUGGGCCCCCUACGUGGACAACGACACGUGUUCUGCCUCCUGUACCGCGAGAUGUGGUUCCGCACGUGUACGGAGGCUGAGCCCGACGCCGAGCAGAGCGGUGGAGAGCUGGGACAACUACUGCAGCCUGUUCGGCGUCGUCCUCCACGGCGUCGUCAACAUGCAGCUGCCCAACCAGUGGAUCUGGGACAUGGUGGACGAGUUCGUGUACCAGUUCCAGAGCUACUGCCAGUACAGGGCUAAGCUCAAGAUGAAGACGGAGGAGGAGCUGCAGCUGCUCAAGCAGUUCGACCAGGCUUGGAACGUGUACGGCGUCCUCAAUUACCUGCAGGCCCUCGUGGAGAAGUCGCAGAUCGUCCAGAUCCUGGAGAGGGAGAAGGAGGGGGACGAGGGCGGGAGCAACGUCCUGAAGAUGCUGGGCUAUUACGGCAUGAUCGGGCUGCUGAGGGUCCACUGCCUCCUGGGGGACUACCGUACCGGUUUGAAGUGCCUGGAGCCCAUCGACAUCGCCCAGCAGGGCGUCUACACCAUAGUGAUCGGGAGCCACAUAUCUACCAUCUAUCACUACGGGUUCGCCAACCUAAUGCUGCGCCGGUAUGUCGAGGCGACACGCGAAUUCAAUAAGAUCCUGCUUUACAUUUUGAAGUACAAGCAGUAUCAUCAGAGGUCCCCGCAGUAUGAUCAAAUACUGAAGAAAAAUGAGCAGAUGUACGCCUUGCUGGCGAUAUGCCUUUCGUUAUGCCCCCAGUCAAAACUUGUCGAGGAGAAUGUGAACACCCAGCUGAAGGAGAAAUACAACGACAAAAUGCUGAAGAUGCAGAGAUACGACGACGAAGCGUAUGCUGUCUAUGAUGAGCUUUUUACGUAUGCCUGUCCCAAAUUCAUCACCCCUUCAGUUCCUUCUUUAGAAGAACCCCUUGCAAACUACAAUCAGGAUGCCUAUAGGCUACAGCUGAAAUUGUUCCUUUAUGAAGUUAAGCAACAACAGCUACUAGCAAGUGCACGCAGUUUCCUGAAGUUGUAUUCUACCAUAUCUGUUGGAAAGCUUGCAACCUACAUGGAAGUGGAUGAACCCACUUUGAGAGCAAUUUUGAUGACGUACAAGCAUAAAAUGCAUUCAGUGGAUAAUGAUGGAAAGAUCAUCUCUAAUGCAGAUGUCGAUUUUUACAUCAAUGAGGACAUUAUACAUGUUGUUGAGUCCAAGUCUGCAAAACGCUAUGGUGAUUAUUUCUUGAGACAGAUCUUGAAGUUUGAGGAGAUAAUUGGCGAAUUGGACCGAGUGAAACUGGACUGAGUACUUUUCUGGAGAUAACAUCACCUUCUUUUAUAUGUUAGCUCUCGCCUUUUUCUAUUGUUUUGUCUUUUAACUUGAGGCUCAUCUGGACUUUUGACUUACUAGAAAUGUUUUCAGUUAUCAUGUGUGCUUCAACAUCGAAGGCUUAUUGUUUAUUUUUUGUUGUAUGAACAUGGGUGAGUAUCUAUAUUUAUGAAUAGCUAUUGUACCCUUCGUUGUC